AUGGUAGCACCGUCCUGUUGUCUGGAGUAUCGGCCGACUGCUACAUUCUGGGGGAUUCUCCUAUUCAUCAUUUUACCGAUCAUCUACUUCUUUGGGAAGUAUUGGCACGAGUGUUAUACGGACUGUGCAAGUGGGCGUUAUGGGAUGAGGAAGGACUAUGAAGAAGCGCAAGAUGAGCAGCGCUUGGAGAGGCAGGCUAGAUUAUUGGCGAAGGAACAAGCAAGAAUGGCACGCCGACAAGAUCGAGCUCUGAGGCGAAAUCUAGCUGCUGCUCUCGAGUGUGCCAAGAAAAACGAGCAGAUGACGUCACUGAUGGCUAAUGGAGCGCCUCGAAAUGGUGUUGCGAAAAGCGUUUCACAGACUAAUAAUAUCACUGAAUCACUGAAUUCGGAAUGCGAAGACGGACGGGCAGCCUGUGACUCUAUCAGUUACCGAAAGUGUCGAGAAAACGACGACGCUUGUUAA